UGUACCUCAGAUCAGGGGAGAGAGUCUCGUCUCUGAGACUGAGGGGGAGUUACAGAGGGAAAGGGACCCGGGGUGCUCUUCAGAGAACGGAAUCUGCAUUCAUGGUGAUCUCCGCCUCUGUGGGUGAUCCUCGGUCACCAUGAAAGACUAGGAACUCAGCUUUCCAAGGGAAAUGGCUUAUUUUGUAAUAUCCCUGCCCCGCUACCUGCCGUGUGACUCCAGCUUCCUCUGAAGAACCUGUCAGCUGUUUAUGGGAACUACCACUGCGUUUGCUCUCUUGAGGAUUUAAGCUUUUCCAGGACAACACUUUUUUUUUUUCCUCCUUCUUCUUCUUCUUUUUUUUUACUCCCACUGUUGAACCAAAGCAGCAGCACUUUUAGAGAGGAGAGGCGGCGAGACAAUGGCGAAGAACUCGUACAGCGGGGUGAAGAACUCCAUGGCGGAGGCCAACCACGAUGGAGAGUUUGGCUGCACGCUCACUGAACUACGCGCCCUUAUGGAACUGAGAGGCCCGGAGGCGAUAGGCAAAAUUGCGGAUUCGUAUGAGGAUACUCAAGGACUCUGCCGCCGGUUAAAAACAUCACCUACAGAUGGUCUAAGUGGACAGCCUGGAGAUAUUGAGAAGCGGAAAACAGUGUUUGGGGAAAAUAUAAUACCGCCCAAAAAGGCCAAAACUUUCUUACAGUUAGUGUGGGAGGCGCUACAAGAUGUCACACUGAUUAUCCUAGAAGUGGCAGCAAUACUUUCACUAGGACUUUCUUUUUAUAGACCCCCAGAUGCCGAAAGAGAACACUGUGGAAGGGCAGCUGGCGGUGCGGAGGAUGAAAAUGAGUCAGAAGCAGGAUGGAUCGAGGGCGUCGCCAUUCUUCUGUCGGUCGUCUGCGUGGUGCUGGUGACGGCGUUCAACGACUGGAGUAAAGAGAAGCAGUUCCGGGGCCUACAGAGCCGCAUCGAGCAGGAGCAGAAGUUUACCGUCGUCCGUGCAGGACAAGUUAUCCAAAUCCCCGUGGCUGAGAUCGUAGUCGGCGACGUCGCACAAGUAAAAUAUGGUGACCUUUUGCCCACUGACGGAGUCCUGAUCCAAGGCAACGAUCUUAAGAUCGAUGAGAGCUCACUCACGGGGGAGUCGGACCUUGUCAAGAAAACGCAACAAAAAGAUCCCAUGCUGUUAUCCGGCACCCAUGUGAUGGAAGGCUCAGGGAAAAUGUUGGUCACUGCUGUGGGUGUCAACUCUCAAACUGGAAUUAUAUUUACUUUACUUGGGACCGCUGAGAAUGAUGAUGAAGAGGAAAAGAAAAAGAAGGAGAAGAAGAAACAGAGAAAAAUCAAGAAGCAGGAAGGAUCUGUGGAAAAUCGUAAGAAAGCUAAAGCACAGGACGGCGCUGCGAUGGAAAUGCAGCCGCUGAACGGUGAUGAGGAGAAGAAGAAAACUGGCCCGCCAAAGAAAGAGAAGUCUGUCCUCCAGGGCAAACUGACCAAACUAGCCGUACAGAUUGGCAAAGCGGGACUGUUGAUGUCUGCCAUCACUGUCAUUAUCCUGGUGGUGCUAUUUGCAGUAGACACCUUCUGGAUCCAGAAUCUGCCCUGGGUCAAGGACUGCACUCCCAUUUACAUUCAGUUCUUUGUGAAAUUCUUCAUCAUUGGCGUCACUGUUCUGGUGGUGGCUGUUCCCGAAGGCCUCCCACUGGCUGUCACAAUCUCCCUGGCAUACUCCGUUAAGAAAAUGAUGAAAGACAACAACCUGGUGCGUCACUUGGAUGCCUGUGAGACGAUGGGCAACGCGACGGCCAUCUGCUCUGACAAGACGGGUACGCUCACCACGAACCGCAUGACCGUGGUGCAGGUCUUCAUCGCGGAAAAGCACUACAAGACGGUCCCUGAACCAGAAAACAUCCCCGCCUCCAUUUUAGACAUCCUGAUUCUGGGUAUCGCAGUCAAUUGCGCCUACACUACUAAGAUCAUGUCUCCAGAGAAAGAAGGGGGCCUGCCGCGGCAAGUGGGCAACAAGACGGAAUGUGCCUUGCUCGGCUUUUCAACCGCCCUGAAGCACGACUACCAGGCCAUACGCAACGAGAUCCCCGAAGAGAAACUGCACAAAGUCUACACCUUCAACUCGGUCCGCAAGUCGAUGAGCACCGUGUUGAAGUUGGCUGAUGGCAGCUACCGUAUGUUCAGCAAAGGGGCCUCAGAAAUUCUCCUGAAAAAGUGCUUUAAAAUCCUGAUGGCAAAUGGUGAAGCCAAGGUCUUCCGCCCUCGAGACAGAGAUGACAUUGUUAAGAAAGUGAUCGAGCCCAUGGCCUCAGAGGGUCUGAGGACCAUCUGCCUCGCAUACAGAGAUUUCCCUGUCUCUGAGGGGGAGCCUGACUGGGACAAUGAAAAUGAUAUCCUCUCUGGACUGACCUGCCUCUGUGUGGUGGGCAUUGAAGACCCCGUAAGACCCGAGGUCCCAGACGCCAUCAAGCAAUGCCAGCGCGCUGGUAUCACAGUGCGGAUGGUGACUGGGGACAACAUCAACACGGCACGAGCCAUCGCCAGCAAGUGUGGCAUCCUACUGCCUGGAGAUGACUUCAUCUGCCUGGAGGGCAAAGAGUUCAACCGGAGGAUACGCAACGAAAAGGGAGAGAUUGAACAAGAGCGCAUUGACAAGAUUUGGCCCAAACUACGAGUACUGGCUCGCUCUUCCCCCACAGACAAACACACCUUAGUGAAAGGUAUUAUUGACAGCACAGUGAUAGAACAAAGGCAAGUAGUAGCAGUGACAGGAGAUGGGACUAAUGAUGGGCCUGCCUUGAAGAAAGCUGAUGUUGGCUUUGCGAUGGGUAUUGCCGGCACUGACGUAGCCAAGGAGGCAUCCGACAUCAUCCUGACCGACGACAAUUUCUCCAGCAUCGUCAAGGCCGUCAUGUGGGGACGCAACGUCUACGACAGCAUCUCCAAGUUCCUUCAGUUUCAGCUAACUGUCAAUGUUGUGGCCGUCAUCGUAGCAUUUACAGGAGCCUGCAUCACACAGGACUCUCCGCUGAAAGCAGUGCAGAUGUUAUGGGUCAACCUCAUCAUGGACACCUUUGCGUCACUCGCCCUGGCCACAGAGCCCCCGACAGAAGCCCUGCUGCUCAGGAAGCCAUAUGGCCGCAACAAGCCUCUCAUCUCUCGCACCAUGAUGAAGAACAUUUUGGGUCAGGGAGUGUUCCAGCUCGUCAUCAUCUUCACUCUGCUCUUCGCGGGAGAGAGGAUUUUUGAUAUAGACAGCGGCAGAAAUACACCCCUCCAUGCCCCGCCUACUGAACACUACACCAUCGUCUUCAAUACCUUCGUGCUGAUGCAGCUUUUCAACGAGAUCAACGCUCGCAAGAUCCACGGCGAAAGGAAUGUCUUUGAAGGCAUCUUCAACAACCUCAUCUUCUGUAGUAUUGUUUUUGGUACCUUCAUUAUCCAGAUCGUCAUAGUGCAGUUUGGUGGGAAGCCGUUCAGCUGCGUGGCUCUGUCCAUAGACCAGUGGCUAUGGUGCACUUUCUUAGGCUUUGGCUCUCUACUAUGGGGACAGGUAAUCUCUACGAUACCCACCAGCCGCUUAAAAUUCUUGAAAUCGGCAGGCCACGGCACCCAAAAAGAGGAGAUCCCAGACGAGGAGCUGGAUGAGCUAGAAGACAACGAGGAGAUCGACCACGCGGAACGGGAGCUUCGCCGAGGCCAGAUCCUCUGGUUCCGAGGCCUCAAUCGCAUCCAGACUCAGAUGGAUGUAGUGAGUGCGUUCCAGAGUGGAGCUUCCUUUCAGGGGGCUGUCAGGCGGCAGGCCUCCAACUCCAGCCAACAGCAGCACGAUAUCCGGGUGGUGAAUGCAUUCCGCAGCUCCGUCUCCCUCUAUGAGGGGAUGGAGAAGCCCGAGUCGCGAUCAUCGAUCCACAACUUCAUGAACCACCCGGAGUUUCGGAUAGAGGACUCCGAGCCCAAUAUUCCCCUCAUAGACGACACCGACGCCGAGGACGACGCUCCCACCAAGCGCAACUCCGGCAGCCCCCGCAACGCCACGCCCACGCCGCCCUCGCCCACCACCGGCGCCCCCCCCACCGCGCCCAUCUCUCCCUCCCUAAACCAGAACAAUAACGCUGUGGAGAGCAGCAACCACCUCCUCCCAGAGGGGCCCAAAUCAGGAACCCCCUCGGCCCCGGGGAGCCCCCUACACAGCCUGGAGACCUCCCUUUGAUCUGACCCCCCCAGACCACCACCACUUUUCUACCCGCCACCAAGGAGCUCAACUCAAACGAAGGAACACUUGGAGGAGAGACGGAGGGCGAGGCGGAGGGCGGAGUCUCGUGAGCUCGGCGUGGGCCGGACUAAAAGAGCAGCAAACAUUCAGAGGGAUGUGCGGCUGGGUGUGGAUGCUUUGGUCUUCUUUUCUUUUUUGGUUCUUAUUCAUACCCCACUGCACCACAAGGACUCGGUCUCCACCCCUCCCUCCUUGGUAACUUUUUGUUUUUCUCGGUAAACAAGGGGCGAUUUUAAACUCGGAUUGAAAGUGACCUGUUUUUAUUAUUCUAUUAAUAUUAUUAUUAUUAUUUUAAUUGAGAAGGGGGAGGUCCUCCUCCCGGCUUGAAGACCGUCUGUAAGAAUUCUGAAAGAACCUUUUCGCUUCUCUUUUAUCUGAAUGGUGUUGUAUAUUUAUCUCUUUGGCCCUUGCUCAUUCAAAACUUAUUUCUGCUCCAUUGGCUGUUAAUAUUUUGAGUUAUUUAUGUUUUUGGAAAACGCAGGUCUGUUUACAAAGUUUGUAGAUACUUUUUUUCAGUUUGUAGGCAAAAGAGCUUCCUGAUGUAUGAUGCAGAAAACUGGGACAAAAUUUAAAUAAAAAAAUGAAUGAGAGGAUUAUUUCAGAUACUGCUGUAUUUUCAGGAGAAAAGGGUGUUUCUAUUGAAACUUAACUAUUUUUGCCUGCAAGUUUUAAUUGUUAUAUAUUUGUAGAUAAAUGUAGAACCUUCUAGCCAAACCGAUAAACACUAAGGCUUGUAUAGAAAAGAGGUCCACCAGGGGAGGUGUCGUCACGGGAGACGGGACGGGAAAGACAUCUCGGGCCUCUGUCCACUAACAUUGCUAUAAAUAUUUACUUCCAUUUCUUCGAUAGUUUUCAUGUGCACAAAAACCUUCUGGAGUUCUGGAUUCUCUUUUCAUUCAUUUUGUUGUGUUCAAAGAUUUCCACGUGUUGAAAGGUUCACUAAUUAAAAGGGAGUUAAGAAUACACCUGGGCCCGUAUUUAGCAAGCAUCGCAGACUGACGCCUCGAAUCAAGCUGAACAAAGUCUUACCUCGGAGUUGGACGAAGCCUCCCACAGUCGCCGUCAGCGGGAAGGAGAAGUCGAGUUUUGUGCUUUUAGUUAUUAGUCACAUUCAAAAGAGGCCGAUGGAGAUGAUCUGAUGCAGGGAACACGAGUGUGUGAGCAAUGGAUGCAUGUCAACGCUUCAAAUUAGUUUUUGCCAAAGCUCGUGAAAACACUAAAAUUACUUUUUCUAUUACGACCAUUUGAGUUCAACGUAACGCUACAGCUAGGCAGUGCGCUUAUUUAUUUUUCGAUGAGUUAAUAUAGACUGAAUGUGCCUUGGCUCCAAGAACAAGUUAGGCGAUGCUUUGUCCCGUAAUAUAACUCCUCACCGAUGUCGCACUGUUCCUCCUGCCGCUAAACGGAGGACUACGUCAGCCUCAUUCUGAUCCUACUUGGCCAGUUGUGAACGAGUUUCUCUCUCUGGAUGCUUGAUAAAUAUGGACCCCGGUCAUCGAUGUUUUUUUGGGUUUUUUUUAAUCGGUGCAUUUCAUUUCUGUUUUUGUUUCUCAGCAAAACAUUCGCCCCAUGCCAAUGUACAAUAUUGACAUUUGUUUACUCAGGCAUAGAAAAAAAGUAUUCCAUUUAAAAAGGAAUCUUAAAAAGAAAGAACCUUAACUUCAGACCUUGUGUAUUUAGAAAGUAAAUUAUUGUCUUGGUUAAAAAAAAAAAAGCAAGUGAAUUAUUUUUCAGAUUUAAUUUGAUCUUUUAAGUUCAUGCCUUAGGGAAUACUUACUUUUACUCCUCCGAGUUCUAGUUUGAUAUUUUAAAAAAUAUAUAUAUAAAAGUAUUUUUUCCAACCCUGUCCAUAAGACUCCGUUCACCAUGGAUAAAUGUUGCUGCAUUUGAUUUGUUUGUAAAAUAUUUUUGACACCUGAUGUACUGGAAACGCUAAAGAAUUGGACAUGUACAUUUUUCAAGAAUAAAGACUAGGCAUACACUGGUAUCUAUCUGCACAGGGUACUUUAUUUCAUAGCGUUCCUUGGGGAAAAAUAAUUUUGAUACAAAUCAUAAUAAAAAGUGUACCUUUGUAUUUUUAUGACAAUACUGAUGAUACCUUUCGUCACACUCAACCAAUUUUGGAUGAUUUGACACCAAUCACGUUAUACGGGGAGGGUUCUGGCCACUAACAUGUGUGUUGUUCUAGAAUAUUCAUCUCAGGGUGCAAAUGGUGUGAAAGAACAAGCCUCAUUUAGUUUGUAUAUGAUUACCACACUUGGGAAAUGUUUGGGGCGUGCUCGCCGGCCACACAGGAGGACGCGGGCGGCGGGCUGCACGUUCUUCCUGCAGCCCGCUGCCCGGCUCCUCCUGGAGUGGACGAGGGAAGGAGCUCGAGAUGUUAAAUCACAACGUCCCCUGGGGAAAUACUUUAGUUUUACAGAUGACAAAAAAAGCAGCUAUUACAUACAAAGUGAGAAAUUGAAAAGGCAAGCGGAAUACAUAUGAUUUUGUUCUGGAGCUUCUUCCUGCAAUGGGAAUGAAUGGGUUUUUUUCCAUCUGUUUUAUGGAUUUUUUUUUUUUUUUAAUCUCUUAAUAUUUGGAAAUAAAAGUUCUUCAUGUCUGUUUAUCUUGAGCAUUUUAAAUGGAUAUCGUGAUUGGAUUUACAUUUGAAACUUGUCGAGUAAUGUGUAUGGUUUUUAAAAAUAAAAAAAUGUAUUUAGCCUAA